CAGGGGGAAGGGAUUUCACCAAGCGCCGGCCAAAUGCCUCCUCCCCUAGACUGGGCCCUCAUUAGGGGUAUAAAUACGGAAUAGGCCUUCUCUAUUCCCCCAAUACUCAACGAAGAAGGGUUGCAGAUUUCUUCUUCAUUUCUUCUUCGUCGUUCCUUUUUGUCCGUUUAUAUUUAUUUGAUCUGUGUCAUUUGAGACGCAGAUAGAUCUAUAAGACAGCCCUCAUACAUAUUAGCUCCCUACCACGAGCCGUUUACAUAUCAUCUUACGUCUUCUUGUAUAUUUGUUUUUUGUUCUCACGUACGGGAGAGUACAUUGUACAACUGACAACCGCCCUUUUUUUAAUUCUUCCUUGGUUCAAUAUUCAAUCAUGGGUUGGUUGCAUCAUGGCAUCGUUGCAAUGGCAGCGUUGUCUUCAAUAAUACCCCAAACACUAGCAUUGCCGAGUCCGAUAUCGUCGAAUGCAAAUCAGCGCCGGGAACCCUGUGCAGUGAUAGCUCAGGCGCAAGAAGAACAGCGAAAGAAGGAUUCAUUUGGUAAGCUGCUUCGUAGUUCAUGGCUAUUCCGUGUGCAAUCUUAUUGAACACGUCGUCUAUAGCACUGAAACUCUUCGUCGAGGCCGGACUGGCCCACGCCUGUCUAAUGUCCGUUCCGAUCAAAAAGCAACAUGCUCUUAAACUCGUCAAUGGCCUUCUCCCCUUUCUCGAAUGGCAAAGCACAAUCGACUAUCUCAAGGAUCCGCCCAAGGGAUAUCAGCUUCCUGGGGUUGACGUGGAAGGCGGCCUAAAGAAGAUAAGGGAUAAAGUGAACCGUGACGAGUAUCCCAAUGAGUAUACGUUCCAAAAGGAGUUGACUGAACUGAUAGCAUCUGCUCAUGAUGGACAUUUUUAUGUCGACUUGGACCUUAUGAGCGUGUUUAAGUUCGGGAGAACUGAAAUUGGGCCGCUCGUCUCCGUCUCCCAAGACGGGGUGAAGCUCCCAGAGAUAUUCGUCUUUAGUAUGUAUUGCAUGCUUUUUUGCUUCUGGUUUUUGUGUGCAGUAAGUUGCUAACGGACAUGUAAUCUAGAAGAUUUGAAUGCAACUGUAAAGGAAGGAGCAAAAUGGACGCCGUCUCCAGUCAAGCAGAUCGACGGCGAGGAUGUCAUCGACUGGCUGCAGAAG